AUGUCCGCGUCGACUUUCGGGGCUCUGGUCCAACUGGAGAGCCCGCCUGCAAUCACCAACCCUGCAGCCGCAGUGCGCAAGGAUAAGCAAGGCAUUGCGCGCACGCUUUCCGAUUACGAACUUGAAGGCAUCCAUCCACAUGCGGAGGCGUCCAGGCCUCCCACCGGAACACAUACUCCCUUGACGCCCGGUGCAUUCAACGGUGGUCCGCACACCCCGGUGAACCAGGAAACGGUAGACGCCAUUCCAGCGCAGCCAAGCUUAUCCCAGACCAAGUGGCGUGUGCUAAGUGCUUGUCUGAUGAAUCUUGGGAAUGGUUUGAAUGAUAGUGCCCCCGGAGCGUUGAUUCCUUACAUUGAAAAGGACUACGGGAUUGGCUAUGCGAUCGUAUCUCUCAUCUUCGUGACUAACGCUUUGGGUUUCAUCCUGGCGGCUCCUUGCACCCAUGCGCUAGAGGCGAAGCUCGGCCGAUCCAGAGCUUAUGCCUUGUCCAUGGGCUUGCUCGCGACCGGAUAUGUGGUCAUCAUUUGCAAGCCACCGUUCCCCGCAAUUGUCGCCAGUUUCUUCCCUCUGGGCUUUGGCAUGGCGCUGAACCUGGCCCUUAACAAUGUAUUUUGCGCCAAUCUGGUCAACGGCACCGCCGCAUUGGGCUUUCUGCAUGGCAGCUACGGGAUCGGGGGCAUUAUGGGCCCGCUCUUAGCAACGGCCAUGGCGUCGAAUGGUAUCCGAUGGUCCCUCUACUACUGCAUCAAUCUCUCCAUCUCGGUCAUCAACCUCGCAAUUGGUGCAUGGACGUUUCGCGGGUAUGAGAAGGACCUGCCCGCACAGUUACUCCAUGCACUCCAGCAGACAGCCUCCCGGCAAGACUACCGGGCUCCUAACAAGAAGCAGCUGCUCAAGCAAGCCGUCAAAAACAAGACCACGUUGCUGGGCGCACUGUUCAUCUUUGCCUACCAGGGUGCGGAGGUGUCCGUCUCCGGAUGGGUGGUCUCGUUUCUGAUCAGCUAUCGGAACGGCGACCCGUCGCGGGUCGGGUACGUGAGCGCCGGCUUUUGGGCCGGCAUCACCGUGGGGCGAUUCGUGCUGUCGCAUCCUGCCCACCUCCUCGGCGAGAAGUUCGCCGUCGUGAUCCUGGUCGUCGGGUCCGCGGCGUUUCAGCUCAUGACCUGGCUGAUCCCCAACGUGGUUGGGGACGCCGUCGCCGUGGCGGUCGUCGGCCUCCUGCUCGGGCCCGUGUACCCGUGUGCCACGACGGUGUUCACGAAGCUGCUCCCUCGCGCGGUGCAGGUGUCGAGUUUGAGUUUUAUCAGCGCAAUGGGGUCUAGCGGGGGUGCGGUCUCGCCUUUUUUCACGGGUUUGCUCGCUCAGAAGGUGGGGACGUUCGUGCUGCAUCCGAUCUGCAUUGGACUGUAUGGCGUAAUGCUGAUGGGGUGGGCCUGUCUGCCCAAGAUCUCGAAGAGGUCGGAAUAA